GAUGUUAUUGUUGGACGUAAGUGCGUAAAGUGGCCGACUAAAUAAAGAUAUGUGGAAAGUUUGGAUAUCUGCUACCGCAUGACGCCAGUUCCGGUUAGUCCGUGACCUCAAAGGGCUGAAAACAGCUUGAAUCGUUGACGAUGACUUCCUUAGCCCCAAACGGCACACUGCCAUCUUUAGAAGAGAAUUCAACAGACAACGAAUACACGCCGUACGGCGACCGUUUGGAGACUUACCUGGUGCCCGUGAUAUUCGCCAUCAUCUUCGUGGUUGGGGUGCUCGGAAAUGGAACACUAGUCAUAGUCUACGUCAGGCAUAGGGGCAUGAGGAAUGCACCGAAUACAUACAUAUUCUCCCUGGCGCUAGCAGACCUGCUAGUGAUCCUAAUCUGCGUGCCAUUCGUCUCCAUCAUCUACACGCUGGAGUCGUGGCCGUGGGGCGCGCUCAUCUGCCGCAUUUCUGAGGCAGCUAAGGAUGUCAGCAUCGGUGUGUCGGUGUUCACUCUGACAGCACUAUCAGCGGAGCGCUACUGCGCUAUCGUCAACCCUUUUAGGAAAUUACAGCUCCGGAAGCUACCACUGGUCUGCGCAACCUUCAUAUGGGCAGCAGCGCUCAUAUUUGCCACGCCCGCCGCAGUGUUCUCCAACACGGUCACGGUGCCAAUCCACAACAACAUGUCCAUCGUGUACUGCACGCCCUAUCCUCCUGGGUGGAUGAACUAUCACAAAUGGAUGACACUAGCAAAAGCCAUCAUCUACUACGGUCUCCCCCUGCUUGUGAUUUCCUUCUUCUACUCCCUGAUGGCACAGCGGUUGCUGGCCAGCACGCGGGAGAUGCCGGGAGCCUUGCACGGCGGCCAGGGAGAAGCCCAGGCGAAGGCUAGGAAAUCGGUUGCUUGUAUGGUCCUCAUUUUUGUUAUAGUGUUCUUCAUUUGUUUUCUGCCAUAUCACGCCUUCGAGAUGUGGUUCUAUUUGUCCCCGACCGCUCAGAGUGACUACAACGAUUGGACUCACGCUCUAAGGAUAAUGGGCUUCUGUUUGAGCUUCCUAAACUCAUGCGUGAACCCAGUGGCCCUGUACUGCGUGAGUGGCGUGUUCCGUCAACACUUCAACCGCUACCUCUGUUGCCGGCGAGGCACGCUCCACCCGACAUGCAGCUCCCGUCUCUCCAGGACCGCGGUCUGCGAGACCUCGUUCCGAAGCACGCACCGCCAUAGGUGCAAUAGGAACCCAACAGAAAGCGUUGUGAUAUCCAACUACGACUACGGAAGCACUAAGAAAAAGACCAUCGUAAGCAGAAACAGCGGCGAUGGUGUCACCAUCAUGAGCAUCAGAGACACCAACGACUUCUUGACCGGCGAUGAGAAGUGUAUCAAUAGAUAGGUCAGAUUCCGGGACGCUUUUGAAGAAGUGUGAAAAAAAGAC